AUGAAGGAGACACUUCUUCUGCUGGCCUUGCUGGUGACUGGAGACCUGAGCUUCCAGACAACAGAAGCACGUGUUCCUUUCUUCAAGGGCUAUUCAAGUGUUGUCUCUGGAAAAAGGUCAUGGUUGUAUAAAAAAAUUCAGGCAUACUAUGUUACUGCAGGGGAAAAGGUGACCUUUGAAAAAUUCCAGGACUGCUACAAAGAGGGAGGAUUAAGAACCAUAUUUCUGGAACCCAAAAUAAUGGAGGCCAUGCUUGUCAGCCCAGAAUGUCAGGCAUUGCAUAGUAGUGAAGACAUAAGGACCAUAUCAGACCUUCUUUCCAAGUUAUUAGAGGAAUAG